UUCUCCAUGCUCUUUUUUCGUGUUUUGAACGUUACAUUUUUUGUGUUGUUACUGGUUCACUUAAGUUAUAUACCGGCUGUAACGAAAGGCUGAUCUAAAAGUGACAGAUGACACAGAAGUGAAUCACCCGCUCGGAAACAUGUCAGCUCCAACAAAACGGCGAAAACUUUACCUACAUAACAGCCAGCCUUUUGUGGUACCAGCUACAACGAAGUAUCGUCGUUCUCAACAACAGCGAAAUACAGAGGACGUUAACAACGGUGCUGGACCCUCAACUAUAUCUGUCAUUUCUGUUCAAGAAGCACCACCGGAAAGUUCGCAGUGUUCAGCUGGCGGGCAAACGUCCCUCGAAGACGACGCUGACGCAGACAACAUUCGAAAUCAACCAGAAGACGACCGAAAUCAGCCGGCCGGUGAAGACGGGAACGCGGAACAGUUCUCUGGGACAUCUUACGAUGAAGCACAGUUGUUGUCGGACAGCUUUGCGGAAUUCGGAGCUUCAACUCUUCCAAACUCUACGACGACGAAAGUAGAAGCCAUCGCAAUGAUCAUGGCGUUCGUUGUGUCUCACAACUUGCCCUGGACUGGCCUAGCUGAUCUUUUGGAGUUGAUAAAUUCAUUAUUUGGCUCCACAGUCGAUGUACUGCCACGCAGCAAGUAUCUCUUUAGAAAAAUGUGGACAUCAAAGGUUGAAGAGCUGUCAACUCAUCAUUAUUACUGUGAAGGGUGCGUAUCUACCCUGGCAGUGGAAGGCGACCAUCCAGAUAAAUUGAAAUGCACAUCAUGUUCAAAAGUAUACCGUCUAUCCGAUGUCAGAAGCAAAAACUGUUUCUUCACUAUUUUGUCGUUUAGACAUCAAGUGAAGAACAUCAUCGAACAGACCAAAGACGUCCUUUUCAAGAAUCUCCAGAAACUUCAAGAUACUGAAGCCGAUUCUGAGACCAUCACUGAUAUCACAGAUGGCACGUUGCACAAGAGAUUAAAACAUGCAGGGGUACUCCGUUGGAGUGAUUUGACAUUUACUUUCAACACUGAUGGAAGCCCCGUGUUCAGCUCAUCUCAUUCAUCUGUGUGGCCCAUACAAUUUAUCAUUAAUGAGCUCCCAGCAAGCUGUCGCUUUGCACACAACACACUAGCUGGGCUAUGGUUUGGACCUAGUCAUCCAAACAUGGCUUUGUUUUUGAAGAAGUUUGUGGAUGAUGUGAAGAAUGUGGGCGAAGUGACUUGGGAAGUUAACUCCAUGACAAUCUCUUCCCGACUGUACGCGUUAUGCUGCUGUGUCGACGCUCCUGCGCGCGCUGCAGUGCGUAACCAUGUCCUUUUCAAUGGAAACUUUGGGUGCCCGUGGUGCCUGAUGAAGCCAGAGUAUGUGUCAGGAAGCAUGAGGUAUCUUGGCACAUCUCCAUACGUUGAGCGUUCUGAGGCUGGUGUGGUACGGGACAUGGAGCUGGCCCUGCAGUUUGAUGGCCCAGUCAAUGGCAUAAAGGGACCAUCACCAGUGAUGAACCUGCCUCACUUCAACUUGGUGUGGGGAUUCACCGUAGAGUACAUGCAUGCUGUCCUUCUUGGUGUGGCACGACAGUUCACUGACCUUAUGUUUAACUCUGUCAACCAUGGCCAAGCAUUCUAUAUAGGGAGCCCAACAGAUGUUGUCAAGGUGAACAAGAGAUUACUGUCAAUUUGCCCGCCACACUGUUUCACCCGCCUUCCAAGACAAAUCAAAGAGCGUGCUUACUGGAAGGCUAGCGAGUGGCGCCAUUGGCUGCUCUACUACAGCCUUCCAUGUACGCUCAACAUCCUUCCUCAACGCCAUUGGAAACACUGGUGUCUUCUUGUAGAGGCUAUCCACCUGCUCUUGCAGGAAGAGUUACAUCCCACUUUACUUGCACGGGCCAGCACAUUGCUUCAGAAGUUUGUCUUUAUGGUCCCUUCACUCUACGAGGAACGCUUCGUGACAUUCAAUGUUCACCAAUUGCUACACCUGACAGCAACAGUACAGCACCUGGGACCCCUAUGGGCUCAUUCCGCUUUUGUGUUUGAAGAUGGAAACGGCCGUCUCACAAAGACAGUGACCGCAGCGAACGGAGUGGCCCUUCAGAUCGUCGAAAGGGUCGUGCUCCAUCAGCAGUUAAAGCUUCUGCUUAACACCCAGCAGCUGUCAGCAAGAGUGAGGGAAGUGUGCGUGGACAUGCUCCAAGACCGCUAUGUUCAAAAUUACAGCAGAGUGGAUGGAGCAGUGCUCCUCGGUGUCCCUCAGCAUGUUUGUCAAUUUAUGCCUGCUGAAGAGGAAGCCUUCAGGAAGCGGUAUGGCAGAGUCCCUAGUUCAGCAAAGGAGUUUCUCAGGGUAGUGUCGAAUGGACAGGUGCACCACAGUGUAAAGUACACAAAAGCUAAGAAGAGCAACAGCACAGUAAUUUCAACAAAGACUGAUGAGUAUUUUUCCAUUCAACGCAUACUUGAAGUGAAACACAAUGAGGGCGAUAAGUGCAUAUUACUGUGCAAGAGGUUCGUCCUCGUACAUGGUGAGAUACAGCUUCCAGCCCACAUCAAAGAGUGUUUCCUCCCAUCACACACGGAGAUAUUCGUGGUUGAGUUGUUUGACGUUCGCCAAACUUGUCUAUACAUUUUAUUUUUAUCUGAACACAAGUCUUACCUGUGUGACCUAGCAAACACUAUUGAAAGGGACUAA